AUGGCAUCUAUCUUUUCGCUGAGACGGCGGUCUAGUCUCGUCCGACUGGUGUCCCUACUUUGCAUUGCCGGCUUUACUCUACUCUUCCUUCGCGGUCGACCGAGCUCCGACGUUCGGUCCGACCUCGACACGUCAGCACCAAAGGCGAGGCAGCAAUCCGCUGCCGACGGAAGUGGGUCCAGUGAUCGUGUAGCCCCAGCGAAGUGGCAGCCACCGCGGGGAAGCCCCGUGCUCGAGAAUGUGUUCGAUCCCGACGAGGAGGCAUUUUUCGCCAGGUUCAAGUCCGACUGGGGCGCGGACGGACGGGGAGUUUACCUAAAGGGCGAAGAAAAGAAGCAGGCCGACAUGGAGUUCAAGAGGGCCGGGUUCAACGCUUACAUCUCCGAUCGGAUUCCGCUCAACAGAAGUGUCGGAAAUCGACGUAGUCCCAGUUGCGAGAGCGUCAGGUUCGACGCCAAGGAACUCCCAUCUGCCUCGGUGAUCAUAAUCUUCACAGAUGAGAUAUUCUCGGCGCUCCUGCGAACAGUGUACAGCGUCGUGAACCGGACACCACCAAAGUUGCUUAGGGAGGUAAUCCUUGUCGACGAUGCCAGUAGUAUAGAGGAGCUGGCCAAUCAACGGCUGCACAAAUACCUCCGGCGGCACUUCAGGCCGAGCCUGGUAAAGCUCAUUCGUCUGCCGCAGCGGAAGGGCCUGAUACGAGCACGGCUCACGGGAGCACGGGCUGCCUCGGGGGAUGCCUUGGUCUUCCUGGACUCUCAUUGCGAGGUCACGGCCAACUGGCUGGAGCCCCUCCUGCAGCCGAUUCAGGAGGAACGAACUACGGUGGUCUGCCCCAUCAUAGACAUUGUGGACGAGCACAGCCUGGAAUACAAGGGCAAGGGUGCAGAAUACUUCAUGCUCGGGGGCUUCAAUUGGAAGGGCGAGUUUGUGUGGAUCAACCUGCCCUCGGGCUUGGAUUUGAAGCGCGAGACCAGGGUGGAGCCCGUCAAGACGCCGACCAUGGCGGGAGGGCUGUUUGCCAUCGAUCGCCAAUACUUCUGGGAGAGCGGCUUCUACGACGACGAGAUGGAGGGCUGGGGCGGAGAGAACCUCGAGAUGUCCUUCAGGAUUUGGAUGUGUGGCGGGAAGCUGGUGAUCGCACCCUGCUCUCAUGUGGGGCACAUCUUCCGUAGAUGGCAGCCGUACAAGUUCGUCAACAACAAGGACACGCACGGCAUCAACACAGUGCGCCUUGCCGAGGUUUGGAUGGACAGCUUCAAGAACUACUUCUACCAGAACCGUCCCGACCUCAAGAAGGUGAACUACGGGGACAUCUCGAAGCGCAAGGCUCUUCGGAAAAGCUUGCGGUGCAAGAGCUUCAAGUGGUACCUGGACAACGUGUAUCCAGACAAAUUCAUUCCCGACAAGAAGGUGCACGCCUUUGGAAGCGUGAAGAAUGCCCGGACUGGCAUGUGCUUGGAUUCGAUGGGUCACAAUUACGACAACGUAGAACCUCUGGGACUGCACCCGUGUCGAAAGGAGGACACCGGGGGCAAGCAGCUGGUGUCCUACACUUGGAGGGGCGAACUCCGCAUGGAGGAUAGUUGCGCCCAGCUGGGGGCCGUGGAGAAUUCAGAGUCCGGGAUUCGCCGCAAGGUGAUGAUGGCGCCGUGCGGAGAAAACACUCCGGAGCCUGGCCAAGUGUGGUACCACAGUGCGGGGGGCAUCAUCGUCAACCGUGAGACCGGCCUGUGCCUUGAGUCUGCCACUUCAAAGCAGAAGGCCGCGUACGUGCGGGCCUGCACCAAGGGCGACAACCAAGUCUGGAUGUUCCAGCACUACGCCAAUGCCAACGUGAAAGCGGAGCGUAGCAGCUGA